AUGGGGUUUCGUUUCUGCGCCGCCGUCGCCCUUAACCAAUCGGCCAGUUCGGAUCCUGUAAAAGGGAGCGCAAUAGCUGACUUUCUGGCUAGCAAGGCUUUGGAAGAUUACGAACCGUUAAGCUUUGAUUUUCCGAAUGAGGACUUGUUGUAUGUAGCCGCUAUUGAAGAAAAUCCCCAAGAGGAUCACAGUUGGAAGCUAAACUUUGAUGGAGCCUUGAACGCUGUGGGCAAUGGAAUUGGGGCAGUCUUGAUGUCCCCGAAUGGUGAUUAUUAUCCCUUCACUUACAAAUUGGAUUUUGAUUGUACAAACAACAUGGCGGAAUACGAAGCAUGCAUUAUGGGUAUUCGUGCAGCCAUAGAGCGAAGAAUCAAAGUGCUAGAGGUCUAUGGAGAUUCAGCAUUGGAGUUUGAGGAUAUCACUUUUUGCUAUCUCCCACGAGAUGAGAACCAGAUGGCCGAUGCACUAGCUACUUUAGCCUCCAUGAUCAAGGUGAACAGACAUGAGGAUAUGAAGCCUAUCCAAAUGAGUAUCUAUGAAGACCCGGCUCAUUGUUACAAUAUUGAAGAAGGAGAAAUCGAUGAUAGUCCUUGGUAUUAA